AUGGGACCGCACAUAGAUGUUUUAGCAUUUCCGGACAGUUAUCUUUUUGAACGGUACCGCUUCACCUCAGACUCCAUAACCUACAUCCACCACCUAAUCCGUCCUUACAUUUGCAACAUUACCAACCGCAGUCGCGCUCUAACAUCCCAGCAGAUGUUGUGUGUUGCGCUGCGGUUCUUUGAAUGGGAGUUUUUAUACAACAUCAGAGAUGCAGAGCAUUACAGUAAGGCCACUGUUUGCAGGGCGGUCAGAAAAGUGUGCCUGGCCCUGAAACGGCUUCUACCGAUGUUUGUCGUUUUCCCUGGGCACAAACCUCUGAGAGCCAUCAAGGAGGAGCUCCACAGGAUUGCAGGAUUUCAAGGUGUGAUUGGAUGCAUUGAUGGCACCCAUAUCCCCAUCACAGCUCCAUCACAGAAUGAAGGAGACAAUGUGAAUAGGAAGUCUGUUCACAGCAUAAAUGUGCAGAUCAUAUGUGAUGCUUCAUGCAUCAUUACCAAUGUGGAGGCCAAGUGGCCUGACUCUGUUCACGACUCAAGGAUUUAUGGAGAGGAUUCUCUGAGCCACUGGCCUUCCAAAAUUCUGGCUUAG